UGUUGUUGUUGUGUUGUGUAACAGCCUUGUCCAGCGGUUGACCCUUUUUCCAUGCGUUAUGGGCAUCGUUAGAGGGCAUGGGGCUCGAUUCGGUUAUGGCCCGCGUACCUGGCACUCACCAGCCGAGGACAGGGCGCCAUAAUACCAGUGGGUUUUUUUCUCUUUUUCAACAACCCAGUUUUCUAAUCUGUGACUGAAAAUCCAGCAGGCUUAAAGGCAGAGCAACAGAGUCAACCGAAAUCUGAAACGAUCGACAAGGGACCUUGGCGGCGCGUUAGAAAGUUCUUUUUGUUUUCCCUUGCCUCUCAAUGUACGUCCUUAUAUCAUUUCUUUCCCACUGCCAAGUGAUAUUUUCGGAUGAUUGCGAUUAUUUCCGAGAAAUAAUCGACGAGAUAGACUGGCGCACGCAAACAAUUCCAGACAAGAAAAAGCAAACAAAUUUGGUUUUUGGAAGGAAAAAUCUAGGUUACUAACUUAAAAUAAUAAUGUGCUGGUUGCUAUAGUAGAGUAUAGUGAAGGUGUAGAGCGCGGGCAUGCCGAUCCAUCCGGAGAGUUGGUAAAUGAAGCCGUUCACGCUACGGUAUAUUUUAAUUUGUGAUUUAUAAUUUGAGUUUCUCUCUGGACAAGGUCUCUCUUCACAAUGCAGCAUUACAAUGCAACGCGAACGUGCCCUCAAGACGAUAUCAGGAGAGAAGGAAAAGAGAAGAAAAAAAAGAGUAACGAGAACGUGAAAGCGUCAGAGUUGAACUGUUGGACAUUUGCAUUUUCGCUCGCCACCGCCACCACUACCACCACGUUAGGCUCUAGAUAGUAGCAGUGCGUUUACAAUAGGACAGGUUCUAAUGUGGUUCUCCCUCGGCACGAACAGCAUCUCCUUUCCAUCCACGCAAACUGGGACGGACGCCGGUUGACUUGUGAGAGUAAAUUGUCCCUCCCGGCCAUUUUGCGUUUCAAAGUUGUUUUUCUCUGUGUGUGGAUUGCGCUAGCUGGGUUUUUCCUCGCAACCCAACAACCUGGCCGUCAAGCAGAAGAUAACCGCACAAAGUGAUCACUAUCUGCAUGGAUACGACCUUGAGACAAAAAAUCCAAGUGGAUGUGUGUGUGUGUGUGUGGAUGUGAUUUGAGAUUCACCGGAAACAAUUAGAACGUUUGAAACGCGCUCCAGCCAGCAGUUUAAAGAGCUCCAGUGGCGGCUGGUGGUGCGUCCUGCGAGGGUCAAUAUCCAGUUAUCCACAUCGCUCUCUUUUUUCUCUCAUUCAUUCACUCUCCAUAUUUUGAUCGUCGCCCACUUGCGAAAGAAGCUCAUUUCUCCUGUAGGAUUCGAAGAAAUCCGGCGGAAGGUUGUUGAUCUGUUUUUUUGGCUCUGAAAAAAAAACAAAAACAGACUUUAUUCAACCGCCAAAAUGGGCAAAAAGUCGAAAGCGACGAAAUCCAAGGAUCUGAACAAUUUGAAGCAAGAGUUGGAGAUUGACGACCACAAAAUCCCAAUUGCUGAACUCUACAGACGACACAACGUUAAUCCGGAGACCGGUUUGACGUCGGCGCAGGCCAAGGCCAACUUGGAGCGCGAUGGGCCUAAUUGCCUCACUCCUCCCAAAACGACGCCGGAAUGGGUCAAAUUUUGCAAGCAGCUCUUUGGUGGCUUCUCCAUGCUCUUGUGGGUGGGUGCCAUCCUCUGUUACGUCGCCUACGCCAUUGAGUACAGCCAGAACCCCGACAUCCUAGGAGACAACUUGUACCUCGGCAUUGUAUUGACGACCGUCGUCGUUGUUACCGGAUGCUUCUCUUACUACCAGGAGAGCAAGAGCUCCAAGAUUAUGGAAUCCUUCAAGAACUUGGUUCCCCAAUCGGCCCUCGUCAUCCGUGAUGGCCAAAAGCAGACAGUCAAAGCCGAGGAAGUCUGCCGCGGUGAUAUCGUUGAAGUCAAAUUCGGCGAUCGUAUUCCGGCCGAUAUUCGUGUCAUCGAGGCCCGCCAGUUCAAAGUCGACAACUCUUCAUUGACUGGAGAAUCUGAGCCUCAGAGCCGAUCUCCCGAAUUCACUCACGACAACCCGCUGGAAACCAAAAACUUGGCUUUCUUCUCCACCAACGCCGUCGAAGGUACUGCCAAAGGUAUUAUUAUCAGCAUCGGUGACAACACAGUGAUGGGUCGCAUCGCUGGAUUGGCUUCCGGCUUGAGCUCCGGACAGACGCCCAUCGCCAAGGAGAUUGAGCAUUUCAUUCACAUCAUUACGGGAGUGGCCGUCUUCUUGGGAGUUUCCUUUUUCAUCAUCGCUCUCGCUCUCGGCUACAACUGGCUCGAUGCCGUCAUCUUUUUAAUCGGCAUCAUCGUCGCCAACGUACCCGAGGGUCUGCUCGCCACCGUCACCGUCUGUUUGACCCUGACGGCCAAGCGCAUGGCCAAGAAGAAUUGCUUGGUCAAGAAUUUGGAGGCUGUCGAAACCCUUGGAUCCACGUCGACCAUCUGCUCAGAUAAGACUGGAACCUUGACACAGAACCGAAUGACCGUUGCCCAUAUGUGGUUCGACGGCCAAAUUAUCGAAGCCGAUACCAGCGAAAACCAAUCCGGUGCCCAAUACGACAAGACCAGUUUGGGAUGGAAGGCCUUGUGCCGCGUCGCUUGCCUGUGCAGCCGAGCUGAAUUCAAAAUGGGCCAACAGAGCAUGCCCGUUUUGAAACGCGAAGUCAACGGUGACGCCUCUGAAGCCGCCCUGUUGAAAUGCGUCGAAUUGGCCACCGGUGAUGCCAUGAACAUUCGCGGCCGAAACAAGAAAGUCUGUGAAAUCCCGUUCAACUCGUCCAACAAGUACCAGGUGUCGAUCCACGAGAACGAAGACAAGAACGACGGCCGCUACUUCAUGGCCAUGAAGGGAGCGCCCGAGCGCAUUCUCGAUCUCUGCUCGACCAUUUUCAUCAAUGGGCAAGAGAAGGUGUUGGACAACGAACUGAAGGACGCUUUCAACACGGCUUACAUGAGCCUGGGAGGUCUCGGCGAGCGAGUGCUCGGCUUCUGCGAUUUCCACUUGCCACUGGACCAGUUCCCCAAAGGCUUCAAAUUCGACGCCGAUGAAGUCAAUUUCCCCAUCAACGGAAUGCGAUUCGUCGGACUCAUGUCCAUGAUCGAUCCCCCACGUGCCGCCGUACCCGAUGCCGUCGCCAAGUGCCGCUCCGCCGGAAUUAAAGUUAUUAUGGUUACCGGUGACCACCCUAUCACUGCCAAAGCUAUUGCCCGAUCAGUUGGUAUCAUUUCCGAGGAGAGUGAAACCGUCGAAGAUAUUGCCGAGCGUCUCAACAUUCCCGUCGACCGUGUCAACCCGAGAGACGCCAAGGCCGCCGUCGUCCACGGUGGUGAAUUGCGUGACUUGACCCCGGCCCAACUCGACGACAUCCUUCGCUACCACACGGAGAUUGUCUUUGCCCGCACGUCACCUCAACAGAAACUCAUCAUCGUCGAGGGUUGCCAACGUGGAGGAGCCAUUGUGGCCGUCACCGGUGACGGUGUCAACGAUUCGCCCGCUUUGAAGAAAGCCGAUAUCGGUGUUGCCAUGGGUAUUGCCGGUUCUGAUGUCUCCAAACAGGCCGCUGACAUGAUCUUGUUGGACGACAACUUCGCUUCCAUCGUUACCGGUGUUGAAGAGGGUCGUCUGAUUUUCGACAACUUGAAAAAGUCCAUCGCCUACACCCUGACAUCCAACAUUCCUGAGAUUUCCCCCUUCUUGAUGUUCAUUCUGCUUGAUAUCCCCCUUCCUCUUGGAACUGUCACCAUCUUGUGUAUCGAUUUGGGUACCGACAUGGUACCGGCCAUCUCUCUUGCCUACGAAGAAUCCGAAUCCGACAUCAUGAAGCGUCGCCCUCGUAAUCCAUUCACUGACAAACUCGUCAACGAAAGAUUGAUUUCCAUGGCUUACGGUCAAAUUGGUAUGAUGCAAGCUUCGGCCGGUUUCUUCACCUAUCUUGUCAUUAUGGCCGAAAACGGAUUCAAGCCCGACCUGCUGUUGGGUAUCCGUAAGCGAUGGGAUUCCCGAUCCGUCAACGAUCUCGAAGAUUCCUACGGACAGGAAUGGACGUACGAUGCCCGCAAGCAACUCGAGUACACCUGCCACACUGCCUUCUUCGUAUCGAUCGUUAUUGUGCAAUGGGCUGAUUUGCUCAUUUGCAAAACCAGACGCAACUCACUCUUCCAGCAAGGCAUGCGCAAUCACGUCCUCACCUUCGGUCUCUUUUUCGAGACAGCCGUCGCCUGCUUCCUUUGCUACACGCCCGGCAUGGACAAGGGUCUUCGCAUGUACCCGCUCAAGAUCAACUGGUGGGGCCCGGCUCUUCCGUUCUCUCUCCUCAUCUUCAUCUACGAUGAAAUUCGCAAGUUUAUUCUUCGUAACAAUCCCGGUGGAUGGAUUGAAAGAGAGACUUAUUAUUAGAGAUCAAAUAACAUACAUAAAUCUAAAUGCACAGUGCCUAUAUUUAAUAUUGGUUCAGUAUAGGAACGAGCAAAAAUACAUUAGUUCAAUCGUU